UUCAACCAUCACAUAUACCACACCUAGCAGUUAGACAGCGCAAACAUGGCUUCUAGAUCAUCUUACGAUCGUUACUUGACCGUCUUCUCGCCAGAAGGAAGGCUAUAUCAAGUAGAAUAUGCCUUCAAGGCCAUCUCCGGUUCUGGGAUCACGGCCAUCGCCGUCAGGGGUAAAGACACGUCGGUCAUCAUCACCCAACGCAAAGUUCCCGACAAGCUGCUCGAUCCGGAGACUGUCACCCACUUGUUCCAGAUCACUCCGUCUAUCGGAUGUGUGAUGACCGGAAUGAUCGCGGACGCCAGGGCGCAGGUACAGAGGACGAGGGCCGAGGCAGCUGAGUUUAGGUACAAGUUUGGGUACGAGAUUACCCCGGACGGACUCGCCAAGCGGAUGGCGAACAUCAACCAGGUCUACACUCAGCGAGCCGGGAUGCGUCCACAGGGAAUCGCCAUGAUCUUGAUCGGGAUCGACGCCGAGCUUGGACCCCAGAUCUUCAAGCUUGACCCGGCCGGAUAUUACGUCGGGUUCAAGGCGACAGCAGCAGGGCAGAAGCAGACUGAGAGCAUCAACUUUUUGGAAAAACGGUGGAAACAGCAACCCGCCAACGCUCAGCUCGACCGCUCGGCCGUCAUCGAACUCGCGAUCGAAGCCCUCUCUUCUGUCUGUGCGACCGACUUCAAGGCGGGAGAGAUCGAGAUUGGGAUCUGCAGUACGGCCGAGGAGGAGCCUGUUCCCGAGGGGAUCAAGGUCGGAGAAGGCCUGUUUAGGCAGAUGGGCGAGGAGGAGAGGGGCGAAUGGUUGGUCCGUGUCGGUGAGAAGGACUAAGUGGGUCGUUGGUGUGGCUGUAACGAUAAGAUUACCCGCGACGCAGGGUGAUUGUAAUACGAAAUAGAACCGUUCUGUUCCUGUCCGUCGAUGGUUACUACCUCAUGCAUAUCCAGACCUUCUUUACGAGAG